UAGAAAAAAUGGCCACCAGCAGCUGCUGGAACCAGCACCAACUCCUGACUUUUCGGGAUGGUCCUGCUGACCCGGCUGGUCAGCAUUAAUGAAAGGGGACGAGAGAAGGAAAGAGCAGCAACUAGCACAAUGGUGGUUUAGACAACUGGUCACUAGGUCACAGCGGCUGAAGCAUGGGUGCAGAGGCCCAUCUGUCUCAUCUUUCUAUAUGGUUUCUUGUCUGAAGUGACAUAUUGAAUUACUAUUUAUUGGGCAGCAAUUGUUUGGAAUAAGUGACGGCAACAUGUUUGGCUCGGGGCAGCAGUAGUAGGAGGAGGUGGAGGAAGAGUGCAGGCUGUGUGCAUUCCAGCUCUCUCUUUAUUCUGCAACCCUGCACAAUGAAGUGAAUACAGCUAAAAGACACGCUGACACUCUUUGUCAAAUGAUGAUGCUGCAAAUUUGGCUUGUGUCCUCUGGAUAAGAAGUAGUAUUUUUCUGGUCACAAUAUUUAAGGUAACGGGUUGGACUUGAAAAAACUUUAACCAUGAAUAUGGUGAAGAGGAUAAUGGGCCGACCUCGGCAGGAGGAAUGCAGUCCUCAGGAUAAUGCUCUUGGUUUGAUGCAUCUGAGACGUCUUUUCACUGAGCUUUGCCAUCCUGCCAGACACAUGACCCAGAAGGAGCAAGAAGAAAAGCUUUAUAUGAUGCUGCCUGUAUUCAUCAGGGUUUUUGGAAGUGCUCCAUCAAAUACAAUGACAGAGAAAUUCUCAGAUCUUUUGCAGUUUACAACACAGGUCUCCCGACUAAUGGUGACUGAGAUUCGAAGAAGAGCAUCUAAUAAAUCCACAGAGGCUGCCAGUCGAGCCAUAGUUCAGUUUCUGGAGAUCAACCACAGUGAGGAAACCAGCAGAGGUUGGAUGCUACUUACUGUUAUUAACUUGUUGGCAUCAUCUGGGCAGAAAACUGUGGACUGCAUGACAACCAUGUCUGUGCCUUCCACCCUUAUUAAAUGCCUUUACCUGUUUUUCGACCUUCCACAUUUGCCUGACAUACCUGGUGGAGCAGAGAAUGAAUUGCCUUUGGCAGAGCGAAGAGCCCUGCUUCAGAAAGUGUUUGUACAGAUUCUGGUCAAGUUGUGCCACUUUGUAUCUCCUGCUGAAGAGUUGGCUCAAAAGGAUGAUCUCCAACUUCUAUUCAGUGCAAUAACUUCCUGGUGCCCACCUUACAAUCUUCCCUGGAGGAAAAGUGCCGGGGAGGUGCUGAUGACUAUAUCACGGCAUGGACUUAGCCUGAAUGUAGUGAAGUACAUACAUGAAAAAGAAUGUCUGGCCACAUGUGUACAGAACAUGCAGCAGUCUAAUGACUUAUCCCCUUUGGAAAUUGUGGAGAUGUUUGCCGGCCUUUCCUGUUUUCUCAAAGACUCUAGUGAUGUUUCACAAACACUGCUGGAUGACUUCAGAACAUGCCAAGGAUAUGUCUUUCUUUCUGACCUUCUGUUGAGGCUAGAACAAGCUAAAGAGAAUGAAUCCAAAGAUGCUUUGAAGGACUUGGUUAACUUAAUUACUUCUUUAACAACAUAUGGAGUCAACGAAUUAAAACCAGCUGGUUUAACAACAGGGGCACCUUUUCUGCUACCAGGUUUUGUUGUCCCACAGCCCGCCGGAAAAGGUCUCAGUGUGAGGAACAUACAAUCAUUCUCUGUCCUUCAAAAUGCAUUUUUAAAGGCAAAAACCAGCUACCUUGCUCAUAUGAUUCUUGAUGCCAUCAUGAAUAUUUACAUGUCGGACAAUGCAAACUACUUUAUUUUGGAGUCGCAACACACAUUGUCCCAGUUUGCAGAAAAGAUUACCAAGCUGCCCGAUGUUCAAGUCAAAUAUUUUGAGAUGCUUGAGCUUGUUGUCUUCAGUUUAAACUAUAUACCAUGCAAAGAACUGAUUAGUGUGAGCAUCCUCCUGAAGUCCAACGCCUCUUUUUCCUGCAGCAUUUUUGCCACUAAAACGUUAUUAAAAUUCAUACGUCAUCACCAUAUUUUUAAAGAUGUAUUUAAGGAAGUCGGACUCUUGGAGGUUAUGGUUACUCUUUUGCACAAGUAUGCUGCUGUAUUGAAAGAUCCUGCUCAAGCAUAUAUUGAACAAGGUUGCACAACUGCAAACCAGUCAACAGAGGAGCAAAGGCAACUUGCCCUGGUCGUUAUGGAGACUUUAACGGUUCUUCUUCAUGGGUCAAAUACAAAUGCAGGGGUUUUUAGGGAAUUUGGAGGCGCCCGGUGUGUGCACAACAUAGUGAAAUAUCCACAGUGCCGUGAAUAUGCACUCAUGGUAAUCCAGCAGCUCAUGUUGUCUCCAAGUGGGGAUGACGACAUGGGUACCCUCCUUGGACUAAUGCACUCAGCUCCUCCCACAGAACUGCAGCUGAAGACUGACAUAUUGCGGGCUCUCCUCAUAGUGUUAAGAGAAAGUCAUCGAACACGAACAGUUUUCAGGAAAGUUGGGGGGUUCGUGUACGUCACAUCACUUCUGGUUGCAAUGGAGAAGGCCCUUGGUUGUCCGCCAAGGAAUGGCUGGGAGAAGGUGAACGACAACCAAGUAUUUGAGCUACUGCAUACAGUUUUUUGUACCCUUACUGCAGCCAUGCGAUAUGAACCUGCAAACUCUAACUUCUUCAAGACUGAAAUUCAGUAUGAAAAACUAGCUGAUGCCAUUAGGCUGCUAGGCUGUUUCUUUGAAUCAAGAAAAAUCAGACCUUCUAAUAUUUUACCCUCCAACAAUCAACCAUUUCACAGUCUUUUAGAGGAUGAUAUCGCACAGAUGGAUUUUUUAUGCCCAAUGUUAAAGCACUGCAGCAAACUGUUUGUUUAUCUCUAUAAAGUAGCUACUGAUUCAUUUGACAGUCAUGCUGAGCAGAUUCCACCUUGCUUGACAAAUGAGACCACUCUACCUUCACCCUGGGGCACUCCAGCUGUAUCUAGGAAAAGACAUGCCUACCAUGCAGUCUCCACAUCAUCUCUGAAUGUUCCUAAAAACCUCAGUGAUAUGAAGCUUCAUUCUGGAACUUCUGCUCUCUUAGGCUCAGAUGCAGUCAUCAUACAUCCUGGUGCCAUGAUUUCUAUGCUCGAUCUACUGGCUUCAGUUGAUUCAGAUUCCCAACCAGAACAUGCCUUGGAUCUUCAGAUAGCAAUUGCAAACAUUUUGCAGUCAUUGGUGCACACUGAAAGAAACCAGCAAGUCAUGUGUGAGGCCGGGCUACAUGCACGCCUGUUACACAGAUGUAGUGCUGCUUUGGCAGAUGAGGAUCAUCCACUUCACCCUCCCCUUCAGAGAAUGUUUGAAAGACUUGCUUCUCAAGCCCUGGAGCCUAUGGUGCUGAGGGAAUUUCUACGCCUGGGAGACCCACUAAACUGCGCCGCCUGGGACAAACGGCUGCUGAAACAGUAUAGAACACAUAAGCCCAGUUCUUUGAGUUAUGAGCCAGAAAUGAGAAGUAGCAUGAUCAUGUCAACAGAAGGUAAUGGUUCUGACAGUGUUUUCUGUGUGAGUGAAGAUAACCAUUAUAGGAUAAACCGGAGCUUGGUAAAGUCAGCAGAAGGAAGUACAGUGCCCCUUACAAGGGUGAAGUGCCUAGUUUCUAUGACAACGCCACAUGACAUAAGGCUUCACGGAUCAUCGGUGACUCCAGCCUUUGUUGAAUUUGACACAUCUUUAGAAGGGUUUGGUUGUCUCUUCCUGCCAAGUUUAGCGCCACAUAAUGCACCUACAAGUAAUGCAGUCACCACAGGUCUUAUCGAUGGAGCUGUCCUAAGUGGAAUAGGGACAGGAGAACGCCUGUUCCCACCACCAUCUGGGUUAACAUACUCUACCUGGUUUUGUAUUGAGCAUUUAAGCAGCCCACCGAACAACCAUCCUGUCCGACUUCUGACUAUAGUUAGACGUGCCAAUUCUUCAGAACAGCACUUUGUCUGUCUUAACAUUGUCCUCUCUGCUAAAGACAAGUCAUUGAUUGUCUCCACCAAGGAAGAGCUUUUACAGAACUAUGUUGAUGACUUUAGUGAAGAAUCAUCUUUCUAUGAAAUCCUGCCAUGCUGUGCUCGAUUCCGCUGCAGUGAUCUGAUAAUGGAAGGGCAGUGGCAUCACCUGGUACUGGUUAUGAGUAAAGGCAUGCUGAAAAACAGCACAGCAGUACUUUAUAUAGAUGGACAACUUGUCAGCACAGUGAAGCUUCAUUAUGUGCAUAGUACCCCUGGAGGGUCUGGUUCAACUAACCCACCCAUGGUGAGUACGGUUUAUGCAUACAUUGGCACUCCACCAGCACAACGCCAGUUGUCCUGCCUGGUGUGGCGUCUGGGACCAUCUCACUUUUUGGAGGAAGUCUUGACUUCUGCUAGUGUUGGUAUCAUAUAUGAACUUGGACCAAAUUAUGUUGGAAGUUUUCAAGCAGUGUGUACACCAUGUAAAGACUCAAAAUCUGAAAUUGGCAGUCUAUCCCUUGUGUCACUUGUGCCAGAAGAGAAGGUUUCCUUUGGACUCUAUGCACUUUCAGUAUCUUCACUUACCAUUGCAAGGAUUCGAAAAGUUUAUAAUAAACUGGAUAGUAAAGCCAUUGCAAAACAGCUGUCCAUAUCAUCGCAUGAAAAUGCCACUCCAGUGAAACUGCUGCACAACUCAGCUGGACAUUUAAAUGGACCUGCUCGGACAAUAGGUGCUGCGCUCAUUGGCUAUUUGGGUGUAAGAACAUUUGUCCCAAAGCCAGUGGCCACCACAUUACAAUACAUAGGUGGUGCUGCUGCUAUACUUGGCUUAGUUGCAAUGGCUUCUGAUGUAGAAGGACUGUAUGCAGCUGUCAAGGCACUUGUUUGUGUUGUAAAGAGCAACCCACUGGCCAAUAAAGAAAUGGAGAGAAUCAAAGGUUAUCAGUUGUUAGCCAUGUUGCUGAAGAAGAAACGGGGCCUCCUGAACAGCCAUAUUCUGCAUCUGACCUUUUCCUUGGUGGGAACAGUUGAUAGUGGCCAUGAGACUUCUAUUAUUCCUAAUUCAACAGCUUUCCAGGACCUGCUUUGUGACUUUGAGGUCUGGCUACAUGCUCCGUAUGAACUACAUCUUUCACUAUUUGAGCAUUUUAUUGAGCUUCUUACAGAAUCAAGUGAAGCUGCCAAGAAUGCAAAACUGAUGAGAGAUUUCCAACUGAUCCCUAAGCUUCUGCUGACCCUGCGAGACAUGUCUCUUUCCCAGCCCACGCUUACAGCCAUUAGUAAUGUUUUGAGCUUUCUUCUCCAGGGCUUUCUGAACAGCAAUGAUUUGCUCAGGUUUGGUCAGUUUAUCUCAUCAACCUUGCCUACCUUUGCUGUAUGUGAGAAAUUUGUGGUUAUGGAAGUAAAUAAUGAAGAGAAACUAGAGCCAGGAGCAGAUGAUGAUUUUGGAGGACUUGUAUCUGCUAACCUGAUCAUUUUAAGGAACAGACUUUUAGAUGUGCUCCUUAAACUCUUGUAUACUUCCAAAGAAAAAAACGCUGUGAAUCUGCAAGCCUGUGAAGAGCUGAUAAAGAUUCUUGGUUUUGAUUGGGUCAUCAUGUUUAUGGAAGAGCACUUGCAUUCUACCACCGUCACUGCAGCCAUGAGGAUCCUUGUGGUGCUGCUUAGUAACCCAUCUAUUCUUCUUCGCUUUAAAGAAGGCGUAACUGGAGGAGGGUGGCUUGACCAAACAGAUUCUGUCUUGACCAAUAAGAUAGGCACUGUACUAGGGUUUAAUGUGGGAAGAAGUGCUGGCGGCAGAUCAACACUCAGGGAAAUUAAUCGUGAAGCUUGUCAUUUUCCUGGCUUCUCCAUUCUUCAGUCUCUUCUCCCUAAGCACACGAAUGUCCCUGCACUGUAUUUCCUGCUUAUGACACUUUUUCUGCAGCAGCCAGUCACUGAACUGCCUGAGAACUUACAGGUCAGUGCACCUGUCGUCAGCAGCCGAAGUAACCGUGGUUGCCAGUUUGACUUGGACUCGAUCUGGACUUUUAUCUUUGGGGUCCCAGUAUCCAGCGGAAAUGUCUUUUCUUCUAUCCACAAUGUUUGCACAGAGGCAGCCAUGCUCUUACUGGCCAUGCUCAGGACCAUGCUCAAUUCUCCCUGGCAAUCUGAGGAAGAAGGGUCCUGGUUACGGGAAUACCCUGUCACCUUGAUGCAGUUUUUUCGGUACCUGUACCACAAUGUUCCAGACCUUGCAUCAAUGUGGAUCAGCUCAGAGUUCCUGUGUGCACUUUCAGCAUCUGUAUUCACUUUUAAUAUACGGCCAUACUCAGAAAUGGUCACUGACCUUGAUGAUGAAGUGGGAUCUCCAGCUGAAGAAUUUAAGAACUUUGCUUCUGACACUGGCAUGAAUAGGAGCCAGUCAGAAUACUGCAACAUGGGAACUAAGACCUACCUAACCAAUCACCCAGCGAAGAAGUUUGUAUUUGACUUCAUGCGUGUUCUAGUAAUUGAGAAUUUGUGCCUGACCCCAGCUAGCAAGCAAACACCUCUGAUAGACCUGCUCUUAGAGGCCUCACCAGAAAGGUCAACAAGAGCUCAGCAGAAGGAGUUCCAAACUUACAUACUGGACAGUGUGAUGGAUCAUCUCUUAGCUGCGGAUGUCCUCUUAGGGGAAGAUGCCUCUUUACCUAUCACUACUGGGGGAAACUACCAUGUGCUGGUGAACAAUGUUUUUUAUUUUACUCAACGAGUUGUGGACAAACUUUGGCAAGGCAUGUUUAACAAAGAUUCCAAAAUACUAGUAGACUGCAUUAUUCAACUUAUAUCACAGUCAAAGCGACGGUCUCAGGGGUUGUCUCUUGAAACUAUUUAUAAUUGCUUGAAUCGGACCAUCUUGUACCAGUUUUCAAGAGCUCACAAAACUGUCGCUCAACAAGUGGCCCUUCUUGACUCACUGCGUGUUCUUACUGUAAAUAGAAACCUGAUUUUUGGCCCUGAGAAUCAUGACCAGGAAUUCGUCGCCUGCCUGGCACACUGCUUGAUAAACCUUCACAUGGGAAGUAACCCAGAUGGAUUUGGACUGGAAGCAGAAGCAAGGAUGACCACAUGGCACAUUAUGAUCGCAUCUGAUAUAGAGCAAGAUGGUGUCUACCAAGAUGUCAGUGAAGGGCGCCAGCUCCUUCUGAAAGCUGUUAACAGAGUUUGGAUAGAACUUAUUCACAGCAAGAAGCAAUUUUUGGAAGAUAUGUUUAAGGUGAACUUCCCAGUAAAUGAAAGGGGGCAUGUUGAUAUCACUACUGUAAGGCCUUUCAUUGAUGAAGCGACUUUAAGAUCUUGGCAAAAUCAUCUAGUUUAUGAGAAGAAGUGUAUCAGUAAAGGUGAAGCUUUGGUCCCUACCUCGCAGUCUAAGCUGUCACGUGUCAGCAGUGGUUUUGGCCUUUCUAAAUUAACUGGAUCUCGAAGGAACAGAAAAGAAAGUGGACUCAACAAACAUAAUCUAUCAGCCCAGGAAAUUUCCCAGUGGGUUUUUACUCACAUAGCAGUUGUACGGGACCUUGUGGACAUGCAGUAUAAGGAAUACCAGGAGCGGCAGCAGAAUGCUUUGAAGUACGUGACAGAAGAAUGGAACCAGAUUGAGUAUGAACUACUUCGUGAGAGAGGACUCUGGGGUCCUCCCAUUGGCUCUCAUUUAGAUAAGUGGAUGCUGGAAAUGACAGAAGGGCCAUGUAGGAUGAGAAAGAAGGUUGUCAGGAAUGAUAUGUUUUACAUCCACUACCCAUACAUCCCUGAAGCAGAACAUGAGACAAAUACAAUGAAGCCAGCUCGCUACCGCCGUGCAGUCAGUUAUGACAGUAAAGACUAUUACAUGCGUCUGAUGCCAGGGAACCCAGCUGUUUUCCAGGACAGUGUUGAAGAAAGCUCUGAUGGGGAAACAGCACAGAAUGAGCCAGAGCAUGGUGAAGAUACCAUUGCCAGAGUCAAAGGCCUAGUGAAAGCUCCUCUGAAGAGAUCCCGGUCUGCCCCAGACGGAGGAGAAGAUGAAAACCAGGAGAUGCUGCAAGACCAAUUAAGUGAAGGUUCUUCUGUGGAGGAGGAUGAGAAGAUGGACAGUACCACACUGCUCAGAUUGCUUGAGAAAGGAGAGAAGAUUCAGCACAUGUAUCGUUGUGCAAGGGUCCAAGGUCUGGACACUGGUGAAGGCCUCCUGCUCUUUGGCAAAGAACAUUUCUAUGUUGUUGAUGGAUUUACAAUGACUGUCACCAGAGAAAUCCGAGAUAUUGAAACACUACCUGUAAACAUGCAUGAACAAAUUAUUCCAUGUGGAGCAAGACAAGGCCCCAGCCAGCUGAAAAGAACCUGCAGUAUCUUUGCUUAUGAAGAUAUAAAGGAAGUUCAUAAAAGGAGAUACUUGUUACAGCCAAUUGCUGUGGAGGUGUUUUCUGGAGAUGGGCGGAAUUAUUUGCUGGCUUUUCAAAAAGGAGUCAGAAAUAAAGUCUAUCAAAGGUUCUUGGCUGUUGUUCCUUCCCUGACGGACAGUUCUGAAUCGGUGUCAGGGCAGCGUCCAAACACCAGUGUUGAACAAGGGUCGGGACUCCUUAGCACAUUAGUUGGAGAAAAAUCGGUAACACAAAGAUGGGAGAGAGGAGAAAUCAGUAAUUUUCAGUAUCUGAUGCACUUAAACACACUUGCAGGCAGAUCAUAUAAUGAUCUGAUGCAGUACCCGGUCUUUCCAUGGAUCCUGGCAGAUUAUGACUCUGAGGAACUUGAUUUGACCAGUCCUAAAACAUUUAGAAAUCUGGCUAAACCAAUGGGAGCUCAAACUGAAGACAGGCUUGCUCAGUACAAAAAGCGGUACAAGGAUUGGGAGGAUCCCAAUGGGGAGACACCAGCUUAUCAUUAUGGAACCCAUUACUCUUCAGCCAUGAUUGUUGCCUCUUACUUAGUCAGGAUGGAGCCAUUUACCCAGAUCUUUCUUAGACUUCAGGGUGGCCAUUUUGAUCUUGCUGACCGAAUGUUUCACAGUGUUCGUGAAGCAUGGUACUCUGCUUCCAAGCAUAACAUGGCUGACGUGAAGGAACUAAUUCCAGAAUUCUUUUACUUACCAGAAUUUCUGCUGAACUCCAAUAAUUUUGAUUUGGGAUGUAAACAAAAUGGCACAAAGCUGGGUGACGUAAUCCUUCCUCCAUGGGCCAAGGGAGACCCCCGAGAGUUAAUUCGUGUGCAUAGAGAGGCUCUGGAAUGUGACUAUGUCAGCUCCCACUUGCAUGAAUGGAUUGAUCUUAUCUUUGGAUACAAGCAGCAGGGUCCCACAGCUGUAGAAGCUGUCAAUGUCUUCCAUCAUCUUUUCUAUGAAGGGCAAGUGGACAUAUACAACAUAAAUGACCCACUCAAAGAAACAGCAACAAUAGGCUUCAUUAAUAACUUUGGUCAAAUACCAAAACAGUUAUUUAAAAAACCUCAUCCACCAAAGCGUGUUCGUAGCCGUAUAAAUGGAGAUCAGACAUCAAUGUCUUUACCCCUUGGGAUGGCAUGUGACAAGAUAUUUUUUCAUCAUUUGGACAAUCUAAGGCCUUCUUUAGUUCCUGUCAAAGAACUGAAGGAGCCAGUGGGGCAGAUUGUUUGUACUGAUAAAGGUAUUGUGGCUGUCGAACAAAACAAGGUCCUUAUUCCACCUGCUUGGAACAAGACUUUUGCAUGGGGCUAUGCAGAUCUUAGCUGCAGGCUGGGAACCUAUGAAUCUGAUAAGGCUGUAGUUGUAUAUGAAUGUUUGUCUGAAUGGGGACAGAUUUUGUGUGCCAUAUGUCCAAAUCCCAAAAUGGUUAUCACAGGUGGGACCAGCACUGUAAUCUGUGUAUGGGAAGUAGGGGCAUCAAAAGAAAAAGCGAAGUCCCUCAAUUUGAAACAGGCUUUAAUUGGCCAUACUGACACAGUGACCUGCUUGACUGCAUCUUUAGCCUAUCAUAUAGUUGUAAGUGGAUCACGUGACCGCACCUGCAUCAUCUGGGACCUAAACAAGCUUGCAUUUGUAACACAACUGAGGGGACACAGAGCCCCUGUGUCAGCUCUCUGUAUCAAUGAGUUAACGGGUGAUAUAGUGUCCUGUGCAGGCACAUACAUCCAUGUUUGGAGCAUUAAUGGGAAUCCUAUCGUCAGUGUGAAUACCUUCAUUGGAAGAAGCCAACAGAUCCUGUGUUGCUGCGUAUCUGAGAUGAACGAGUGGGAUACACAAAAUGUUAUUGUCACAGGCCAUUCAGACGGAGUUGUCCGUUUCUGGAGAAUGGAAUUUCUGCAAGUACCAGAGACACCAGCUCCAAAACCUGCAGACACUAUGGAAAUGCCCGAUGACUGCCAAGAUGAACAUUUAGGAGAGGAAGCCCAAGAUGAUGAAAGCAGCGAAUCUGAUGCUGAAGAUCAAAGUGCGAGUCAAGAUACAAAAACAAAAGAGUGCCAACCCCAGGGUAAGGACAGUCACCGACCGAGAGCAUCUUCUGCCAGGGCUGGUUUAACAGCUUGGUCAGGGGACAGCGGCUCUGAUGACUCCAAACGAUGGUCAGAUCAGCUAAGCUUGGAUGAAAAAGAUGGAUUUGUCUUUGUCAACUAUUCAGAGAACCAGAGUAAAGUUCAGUUAUCACUGAUUCAGAGUGGUGGUGGGCAGGCAUGCCAGACUGAUAUACGUCAUUACAACAAACUAAAAACUGGUUACAGGUGGGAGCGACAGCUGGUAUUCAGGAGCAAACUAACAAUGCACACGGCCUUUGAUCGAAAAGACAAUGCUCAUCCUGCAGAAGUCACUGCCCUUGGAAUUUCUAAGGAUCACAGUCGAAUAUUAAUAGGGGACAGCCGAGGCAGAGUGUUCAGUUGGUCUGUAAGUGAUCAGCCAGGGAGAUCUGCAGCAGAUCACUGGGUGAAGGAUGAAGGAAUGGAUAAUUGCUCAGGAUGUGCCGCGCGCUUCUCACUCACAGAGAGACGACACCACUGCAGGAACUGUGGGCAGCUUUUUUGCCAAAAGUGCAGCCGAUUCCAGUCCGAAAUCAAGCGUCUGAAAAUCUCUUCUCCAGUGCGUGUGUGUCAAAAUUGUUACUACAACUUGCAGCAUGAAUGUGGUACAGAAGAGGCAACAAGGAACUAGAAGUGUUUGUUUUUAUUGAGUAACAAGAGGAAUCCAUUUUAGUUCUGGAACAACAUACAGACUAUACACAUGUAGGCAUUUGAAAAAAUAUUCCAGUUUACAUGUUAUCUUUGUACUGUGUUAUGAGCACUGCAAGAAAAAAGGGAUCAUUUUGCACACUGAUUGCUUAUGGUUUUAUGCUAUGAAAAGACCACCCAAAAGGAUCCAGAAGAUCGUGUGUAUAUAUAUAUAUAUAUA